CACAUAUGUUUCGAAAUGUAUCCGAGAAGUUCAGCAUAUAUAUACAUGUACCUCUACAGGGACCUAGGACAUUGCUGCAGAACACGACAGAGCAAGGGCAUGCAUUUACUUCUGAAACACGGAGUCAUCUUUUGUCUGUUUGUAUCAGCCUUCUGUUGUACGUAUGAUGGUCAAUGCAACAGAAAGGUUGACUGUCCCGGUGGUCAGGUGUUAGCUUGUCGUGAUCGCCAGUGUACAUGUAAAGUAGGGAAUUGGUGUUGGUUUCACAAUAACUGCAACAGGGUCUGCCGCUCUCACCAAACCCCUCACUGUGCCUGGUGGCAAUGCUUUUGUCAUAAUACUAAGAAGAGAAAGGUGAAGCUGUUGUGAGUCUUGAUUUUAUCAAACUCCUGGCACGAUAGAAGUAUCUCCUGCCAAGGAUUUUUCAUUUGGUGUGGUGACAAUAUUUUCAAAAUUUAUGCUUUCGUAUUCUUAUUAUAUUUUUUGUUUUAAAAAAAUUGUUUCAUAUGAUAAUGAUUCUUAAUAAUGUCCAUAAGUGAUACAGCAGCAGUCAUUGAAACUUUACUAUUAAAAUUCCAUUAUGCA